UUAUAUAUCGUUCUAGCUUGGAUGGGAAGGGUGAGACUUGAGAGUAGUAGCAGCCAUGGCCAUAAAUGCUAAUGAUGACUUAAUGGAAUACUUCUUCCAGGAUAAUCCAAACAGAAGUAGUAGUCAUGAUGAUGAUAAAGGAGGAGAUAAUUGUAGUGCUCCAAAGUUAGCUUCCUCUCCAUUCUUCUCCCAGCAAUGGCCACAGAGUUUCAGGGAAGAAAUCUCAUCAAAACAGUCAUCCUACUAUGAAAAACUCAACGGGAAGCUUCCUCUUAGCCAUGGAUGUAGCUUCUCACAAACGGUAAUAACUGGGCUCAAUGUGAUGGCUGGAAUUGGGAUUCUUUCUACUCCUUUCACUGUAAAACAAGCUGGCUGGGCUAGCAUUGUGGUUUUGGUUCUUUUUGCUGCUAUCUGUUGCUAUACGGCGUAUCUUAUGAAGCAAUGCUUUGAGAGCAGAGACAGCAUGAGAACUUAUCCUGACCUCGGUGAAGCCGCGUUCGGAAGAUAUGGGCGCAUUAUCACAGCUAUGCUUUUGUAUACGGAAUUAUAUUCAUACUGCGUAGAGUAUAUCAUAUUGGAGGGAGAUAAUCUCACAAAUUUAUUUCCUGGAGCUUCCUUCAACUGGAAUGGUCUAAAUCUGGAUUCUACACAUUUAUUUGGACUUCUAACUGCUCUGAUAAUUCUACCAACCCUCCUUUUGAGGGAUGCUCGGUUAAUAUCAUACCUUUCAGCCUGUGGUGUUGUUGCAACUAUAGCCAUUGUAGCUUCUGUAGCAUUCCUCAGUGCUGUAGAUGGAAUUGGAACGCCCCAAACAGGUCAAUUGGUGAAUUGGAGUGGCAUCCCGUUUGCUGUUGGUGUGUACGGAUUUUGUUAUUCUGGACACUGUGUGUUUCCCAAUAUCUACCAAUCAAUGGCCAACAAAAAGCAAUUCACUAAGGCAAUAAUCAUAUGCUUUAUUUUGUGUGUUGCACUAUAUGGGAGUGUGGCCAUAAUGGGAUAUCUAUUGUACGGUCAGAGCACGCUGUCUCAGAUCACCCUGAAUAUGUCACCUGAUUCUAUUCCUGCGAAGAUUGCUGUGUGGACAACGGUUAUCAACCCUUUCACAAAAUAUGCACUUGCGAUGAAUCCACUGGCUAGAGGCUUGGAGGAGUUGCUUCCAGAGAGAAUCUCAAGUAGCUUAAUGUGUUUUAUUAUGCUAAGGACACUACUUCUCAGUUCAACUGUUUGUGUUGCAUUUCUUCUUCCUUUCUUUGGCCUUGUGAUGGCUUUAAUCGGCUCUCUUCUCAGUAUAUUACUGUCGGUUAUCGUGCCGAGUGUGUGUUUUCUGAAGAUCAUGGGUAAGAAAGUUACAAAGGCACAGAGUGCUACUAGUAUUGCAGUAGUGAUUGUGGGCAUCAUAAGUGCAGCUGUGGGAACAUAUUCUUCAGUCUCAAAAAUCCUAAAGCAAUAUUGAUUGGAAGUCAUGACAAAAGUUGCAAUUUUGUUUUCCUUUUUCCUAUUAAAUUAAUGGCUCUCGCCUUAUGUAAUAGUCCGCUAGUUGCAUCUAAUAUUAUUAGCUCAUGUGUCCAACUUACAAAAAUAAAAGUUAAACCUUCCCCUAUGGAAUCCCUUCCAAUAACUAGAACUGUAAAUGCAUCUGCAUUAUGAGUUUAUGACUGAAAGGGUGAAUAAGUGUAGGGGUUACAGUCCCCGGGCACAAUUAAAUCCCUGAUUGGAUUCAGCAAUUAAAAAGCAAAAACUGCUUUUGAAGUUCUAAAUUCUUUUUCAUUCUUGAAAAAUACCUUGAUAGGCUUAUUGUUUGAA